AUGGAUUCACGAGGAAUCUUCGAGUCGGUGGAGAGCGGACCGUCCGGAGCAGAAGAACUGGCCUUUAAAUUCGCUUUAAACACAAUCAACAGAAACAGGACCCUGCUCCCGAACACCACGCUCACCUACGACAUUCAGAGGAUAAACAUCUACGACAGCUUCGAGGCCUCCAGGAAAGCGUGCGACCAGCUGUCUCUGGGCGUCGCCGCCAUCUUCGGCCCCUCUCACAGCUCCUCGGCCAACGCGGUGCAGUCCAUCUGUAACGCUCUGGGGGUCCCUCACAUCCAGACCAAGUGGAAGCACCAGGUUUCGGACAAUCGCGACGUCUUCUACGUGAGCCUGUACCCGGACUUCUCCUCCCUGAGCCGCGCCAUCCUCGACCUCGUGCACUUCUUCAAAUGGAAAACCGUCACCGUGGUGUACGACGACAGCACCGGUCUGAUCCGGUUACAGGAGCUCAUAAAGGCCCCGUCGAGGUACAACAUUCGUCUGAAGAUCCGUCAGCUCCCGGCCGACACCAAAGACGCCAAACCUCUGCUGAAGGAGAUGAAGCGAGGCAAGGAGUUCCACAUCAUCUUCGACUGUGGACACGAGAUGGCCGCCGGGAUCCUCAGACAGGCGCUGGCGAUGGGCAUGAUGACAGAGUACUAUCACUACAUCUUCACCACACUGGACCUGUUUGCGCUGGACGUGGAGCCGUACAGGUACAGCGGCGUGAACAUGACGGGCUUUAGGAUCCUGAACACGGAGAACAGUCUGGUCGCCUCCAUCAUCGAGAAGUGGUCCAUGGAGAGACUGCAGGCUCCGCCCAAACCCGACUCUGGUCUCCUGGACGGCUUCAUGACGACGGACGCGGCGCUGAUGUACGACGCGGUGCACGUGGUGGCCGUGGCGGUGCAGCAGUCUCCUCAGAUCACCGUCAGCUCGCUCCAGUGCAACCGCCACAAGCCCUGGAGGUUCGGAAACCGCUUCAUGGCCCUGAUCAAAGAGGCUCACUGGGACGGUCUCACCGGGAGGAUCACUUUUAACCGCACUAACGGCCUGCGCACAGACUUCGACCUGGACGUGAUCAGUCUGAAGGAGGAGGGGCUCGAGAAGAUCGGGACGUGGGAUCCCUCCAGUGGACUCAACAUGACGGAAAACCAGAAGGGAAAAAACACCAACGUGUCCGACUCCCUGUCCAACCGCUCCCUCGUCGUGUCCACCAUCUUGGAGGAGCCGUACGUGAUGUUUAAGAAGUCGGAUAAGCCUCUGUACGGGAACGAUCGCUUUGAGGGAUACUGCAUCGACUUGCUCCGGGAGCUGGCGGCCAUCUUGGGCUUCAGCUACGAGAUCCGCCUGGUGGAGGACGGAAAGUACGGAGCCCCGGACGACAACACGGGACAGUGGAACGGAAUGGUCAAGGAGCUCAUGGACCACAGGGCAGACCUGGCCGUGGCUCCUCUGUCCAUCACGUACGUCCGGGAGAAGGUGAUCGACUUCUCCAAACCCUUCAUGACGCUGGGGAUAAGUAUUCUGUACCGAAAGCCGAACGGGACCAACCCCGGGGUCUUCUCCUUCCUCAACCCCCUGUCGCCCGAUAUCUGGAUGUAUAUUCUGCUGGCUUACUUGGGUGUCAGUUGUGUGCUGUUUGUCAUAGCCAGGUUUAGCCCCUACGAGUGGUACAACCCCCACCCCUGCAACCCCGACUCGGACGUGGUGGAGAACAAUUUCACGCUGCUCAAUAGUUUCUGGUUUGGCGUCGGAGCUCUCAUGCAGCAAGGCUCUGAGCUCAUGCCCAAAGCCCUGUCCACCCGCAUCGUGGGGGGGAUCUGGUGGUUCUUCACGCUCAUCAUCAUCUCGUCGUACACGGCCAACCUGGCGGCGUUCCUCACCGUGGAGAGGAUGGAGUCGCCCAUAGACUCCGCGGACGACCUGGCCAAACAGACCAAGAUCGAGUACGGCGUGGUGGAGGACGGGGCCACCAUGGCGUUCUUCAAGAAAACCAAGAUCUCGACGUACGAUAAGAUGUGGGAGUUCAUGAGCAGCCGGAGACACUCGGUGAUGGUGAAGAACGUGGACGAGGGCAUCCACCGCGUGCUCACCUCGGACUACGCCUUCCUCAUGGAGUCCACCACCAUCGAGUACGUCACCCAGAGGAACUGCAACCUCACCCAGGUCGGGGGGCUCAUCGACUCCAGGGCCUACGGCGUCGGGACUCCCAUGGGUUCUCCGUACCGGGACAAGAUGACCAUCGCCAUCUUGCAGCUGCAGGAGGAGGGGAAGCUGCACAUGAUGAAGGAGAAGUGGUGGAGAGGGAACGGUUGUCCAGAGGAGGAGAGCAAAGAGGCCAGCGCUUUGGGCGUGCAGAACAUCGGCGGCAUCUUCAUCGUGCUGGCGGCCGGUCUGGUGCUGUCCGUGUUCGUGGCGGUCGGGGAGUUUCUGUACAAAUCCAAACAGAACGCACAACUAGAGAAGCGUUCCUUCUGCAGCGCGAUGGUGGACGAGCUGCGCGUGUCCCUCAAGUGCCAGCGCCGCCUCAAACACAACAAAGCGCAGCCCCCCGUCCUGGUCAAAACCGAAGAAGUCAUCAACAUGCACACGUUUAACGACCGCAGACUGCCCGGCAAAGAGACCAUGGCCUAA